AUGACAAAAGAAAUGCUUGCAUCAUUCGAAAUUAUGUCUUCUAGAGUGUGGAAAUUCAUUUCGAAUACCAUUGGAAAACUACAAAGUCCGAGACCUUCUCAGCAGAAUGAGAAUUUAGCAGAAUCUUCAUCCCUGCGAGAAACAGACUCCCUUUCCGAUACACCAACUCGUCACGGCAGCAUCAAUAAAUUGGGAGAACAGCUCGCGGAAGCAGAAUUAUCUUCGACGCAGGAUGAAUCUAUCCUUGACGCACCCCUGGAGAAGCUCAGCAACAUAAGAGAGAAGCUCGAGGAGGCAGUUAAACCUGUUCCAAAGAUUGAAGCACAGGAUGAUGUACAGGAGGAUGUCACGGCAAGCAAUACGGGCGAUGAUGAUUUAGAGAACGCCUUAAAGACGACAACGAAAUCACCAACUGAUGAAUCAUUCUCAAUUCUACCUCCAAGACAAAGUCGUAGUAAGAAGAGAGAUCCUGCGGAGAAAGUAGAGCCAUUGGCGCAUAAUGAAGUUCCAGUCGAAAAUAUCCGCAAAACAAGGGCAAGAGGCAAAGUUGUGAAGGAUGAGAAAACAGCGUUACACGAUGAAGCGUCUUCUUCUGCAGGAAACGAGGAACUUGACGAGGUGGUUGGAGAGAACAUUUCAGAACUUGCGGAGCCAGUGGUAAAGAAUGAACUUCCGGUUCAUAUCCACCCAAGCAGUCAUAACCCAAGGGGAAAGAGCAGACCGGCGAAGACAGUUUUAUACGAAGAAACACAAUCCUAUCCCUCACAGGAAGAAAUUAUCGGCUCAGAGGGAGUUUUAAUGGCAGAAGUGGCAGAAUUAUCGGUUCGCGAUGAGGAUCCAGUUGAAGUACCCCAGACCAGUCGCAGUAACAGGAAACGACCAAUACUUCCCAGAGUCGCGGAGCUAGUGCAAACAUCCACACCUUCCAUUGAUACACCUCCAGUUGCCAAUAACAAAAGAAGACGAGAUGUUUUAGAAUCAUCUACUGGGAAUGAAGGACUUGAAGUUGAUUCUUCUGCUAAUGUUUCUCCUAAACGAAGAAAACUCGCUCCAAAACCUGAAGGAAUGGGUAUCCCACCUGUAGGAACUACUCAGGAAGCUCGAGAUGAAAGAAGAAAGUACAUGGAUCGAGAAAGACAACGCAGAUGUAGACAACGAAAGAAGGAUAGACAACAAGGAAUGCAGGAAGCUGAGAGAGAGGUAUUAGCACAAGCCAAAGAUGAGAGAAAAAAAGCAAUGGCUAGAGAACGUGUUCGAAGAUAUAGAGAAAAUCAACGACAAAAACAAGGUGGUGAGAUUGAGUCAAAGACAUCGGGUAGGCAACGAACAAGGGAACAAGCUAGACAGAGGGAUAUAGCAUUGAUUUCAAAUAGUCGAAAUGUUUCCAGGAAUUCGGGGGGAAGCGAAUCAUUCGAUAGCGAAUGA